AUGCGCAUGUGCCUCACCAAAUGUCAACUAUCGCCAAUUCAGAAAGCCAGGACCGCCCCAGGGGGACCGCCACGACGACUUGCUAGCAGUCUUCUCUCAUCGGGAAAGUCAGUCUCUCUGAAACUUCGCCGUAAACCGACAAAUUUACAGUUGAUAAUAGCAUUAAUAGCAAUCAUCGAAAGUAAUCAUGGGUUGUUAUUUAGCGACAAUGUUGUUACUAAAACAAGUUUUCUUUAUAGGAAUAAACCAUCCGUUGUUGGGAAUUGCGAUAAAUUGGUUUUCGUUUUGAUUGGUCGAACUGGAUGUGGUAAGAGUGCAACGGGCAAUAGCAUUGUUGGUGGAAAAACGUUCGAUGCCGAACGACGUCUAGUAUCAAAGACAAAGACUACACGCUAUGGAAAACGUACAUUUGAUGGAAAAGAUCUUGUAGUUAUCGACACACCCGGUGUGUUUGACACUGACGGCAAGCAAGCUGAAAAGACAAUAAUAACCGAAAUCACCAAGUGCGUUGGCGUAGCGAUGAGUCAAGGCGAGGGUUUGGAUGCCUUCAUUUUAGUUCUUAAUGCCGAUGACAGGUUUACUAAAGAGCAUGCGGACUCGGUCAAGAUAUUCCGUAAAACCUUUGGAGAUGAUAUGAUGAAAUACCUAAUCGUAUUGUUCACACGGAAGGAUGCACUUACACACGACAACAUAACGUUGGAUAAUUUUUUAGAAGAAAUGCCAAAAGACCUGUCGGACUUACUGGCCAAAUGCAAUAAACGUGUGAUUGCUUUUGACAAUAGAACCGAAAUAGAGCAGGAGAAAAAUGAACAGAUACGGGAACUUGUGCAAAAGGCCGAAAAAAUGAAGAAAGACAACGGGAACGCCCCUUUCAAAAACCAAUACACAGACGCUAUCAAACGUAAAAUAGCGGAAGAUCAAGAGAAUUAUGACGGGGAAAAUAUUGCAGAUAAACAGAGCGAUGCUCUAGUCAAUGGAACCUCUUCUAUAUGGACCAGCCUCUACGAAAUCACUUUAAAUGUUGUCACUCUCGGUUUCUAUUCAUGGGCAACAAAAAGCAGUUCAUCUGAGGAUGUACCUGUAACUGACAAAACGUUGGGGAAUAAACCAUCCAUUGAUGGGAAAUGCGAGAAAUUGGUUUUCGUUUUGAUUGGUCGAACUGGAUGUGGUAAGAGUGCAACGGGCAAUAGCAUUGUUGGUGAAAAAGCGUUCCAUUCCGAGCGAUGUCUAGUAUCAACGACAAAGACUACACGCUAUGGAAAACGUACAUUUGAUGGAAAAGAUCUUGUAGUUAUCGACACACCCGGUGUGUUUGAUACUCGCGGCGAGCAAGCUGAAAAGACAAUAAUAACCGAAAUCAGCAAGUGCGUUGGCGUAGCAAUGAGUCAAGGCGAGGGUUUGGAUGCCUUCAUUUUGGUUCUUAAUGCCGACGACAGGUUUACUAAAGAGCAUGCCGACUCGAUCAAGAUAUUCCAUAAAACCUUUGGAGAUGAAAUGAUGAAGUACCUAAUCGUAUUGUUCACACGAAAGGAUGCACUUACACACGACAACAUGACGUUGGAUAAAUUUUUAGAAGAAAUGCCAAAAGAUCUGUCGGACUUAGUGACCACAUGCAAUAAUCGUGUGAUUGCUUUUGACAAUAGAACCAAAAUAGAGCAGGAGAAAAAUGAACAGAUACGGGAACUUGUGCAAAAGGUCGAAAAAAUGAAGAAAGACAACGGGAACGCCCCUUUCAAAAACCAAUACACAGAUGCUAUCAAACGUAAAAUAGCGGAAGAUCAAGAGAAUUAUGACGGGGAAAAUAUUGCAGAUAAACAGAGCGAUGCUCUAGUCAAUGGAACCUCUUCUAUAUGGACCAGCCUCUACGAAAUCACUUUAAAUGUUGUCACUCUCGGUUUCUAUUCAUGGGCAACAAAAAGCAGUUCAUCUGAGGAUGUACCUGUAAAUGACAAAACUGACUAA